AUGCUGGUUUUCAGUACAUUAUCUUUCUUAGCUUUGAUUAUGCCUGGCGUGAUCACGUAUGAAAGAAAACUACCAGCCGCACCCAACUUUGAUGUAACUGAUAUAAGAGACUACCGAAAUAUUAUGUUCAAAAAUCCCACGUACCUAUGGAGUCAUCUUCGAGCCGGACCGUAUUUUGUUGGUCUUAUUGCUGGAUAUAUCUUAACUAUUUAUAAACCCAUCAAUCACAGGAAAAUAAUUUCAAAGUUCUGGUCGACACUUGGAUUUGUAAUAGCAUUUUCAAUAGCUAUCAAAGUUAUGACUAUGGGAGGCUCUUUCUUAGAUAAAAAUAAACCCUAUAAUGUAUGGGAAUCAGCGAUUUUUGCCUCAUUAAACAGAACUAUAUGGGCACUUGCUAUGGUAGCCAUUAUAAUGUUCUGCGAAUAUGGAACAGUGCCCAUCGUCCACACUUUGCUAGUAUGGAAACCCUUCAUACCCCUCAGCAAAUUAUCUUACGGGGUCUACCUGUUACAUACAAUAGUCUUCUCAUUCGUAGUUGCUGUUAUUAGAACUUCUUAUACAUACGAUUUGUAUACCGUGAUUGUCUAUACGUUCGGAGUGAUCGUAACAUCUUAUUGUCUUAGCGUUGUACUACAUUUAUUCUUCGAAGCACCGAUGACCAUCAUAAUUAAUAUGCUUACGAAUAAAAGGUGCAGCAGUAUAAAAGGAAAGGAAAAUAACUUUAAAACUGGAAAUGGGUUUAUACGUGAAGAAAAUAAGAAGAUUGCU